AGUAAGCUUAACUAUUGGAAAUCGUUCAAGUUUUGGCAUGAACAAAUUAAGUUUAAAUAAUCUUUUCAAUAAACUUUUGUAUAAACGUACAUUGAAAUAACUAUUGGAUCCCAAGGUAUUUCAACGUGUUAAGUCUAUCAAUAGGUGGGGGAAAAUACGGUUUAAAUAUAUAUAUGGUGGAGUGCAAAAUGCAUAUAACUUUGGAAUGUUAUUUAAGGAAGUCGGACAAGGGCAAAUGAAAUGCUGGCAUGUUUCGUGGAAUAAAUGCACAAUAGUUAAUCAUUAAGCAGACGACAGGGAGGCGCGGUAAAGAAAUGGAGGUGGUACAAGUCCCCGCCAUUUAUAACAAAAAUCGGGAGCCAACCCAUUUCAUUGUCAGAGAUUUUCCCAGCGAUAAACUUGGCUUGUCUCCUGAAUUCUGUCAGAAUGGAAUUUACAUGGCAAUUUGUGAAAGAAACUUAGGACGAGCAUUGAAUAGAAUAAAAAGUGGAUGCAAUCCAAACAUUAAAUGUGAAAAGAGCGGCAACUGUUUGUUACAUGUGAUAAUGGCCGAAGCUAGUCCAAUGACUGAGGCAAAAUAUGUACCUUAUGUAUACCAAUUGUCUUUCGCUGACAUAGAUUUAGAUGUAGUGAAUAAAGCUGGACUUACUCCAUUGCAUAUGUCAAUAAAAAUGCACUUGUUAGAACUCAUGAUCGCGCUCAUAAAGUGCGGCGCCACCUGUGAUAUAGAAAAUGACCUCGAUCUCAUAACUUCCUGUUCCGGUCCAGUCGAAUAUGAAUUCAGAGCCGCGUACCGGAAAUUCGCCCCAGGUUACUGGACACCAGUUGAAGAAGACAACGCAUUUAAAGUUAACGUUCUAGUAAAAUCCUGGGCAAGAAUAAAUAUACAGAAAAACAACAAGUCAUUGAUAGAAUAUGCAAAAGAAAAAGGUGCUCAAGAUAAAAUAGUAAAAGUGCUAAUAGACAACGAGGUCACUAUAGAGUUUGCGCACGCAACCAUCGCAGGUGACGCUGAGAAAAUGUAUUCUCUGCUUCAACAUUUUAGUAUUGAUUUAGAUUCAAAAGACUAUUCCCAUCGAGAAAACUUUUUCGAACCAUAUUGUCCAUUGACUCUUUAUGGUGCAGCGUUAAAGUACGGCCAUAAACAUGUGCUUCACCUUCUUAAAUAUUCAGGGGAUUACACUGUGAAGAAAAUUCAAGGAGUGCCAAGUUCUACCCCUAUUAACUCACAUUCAUCCGCCGUAUGCAACAUUUUAUGAUCCAUAACAAAACAUUAUGCAUGGCAAUCUGUGAUAUUAGUAUUGAUUAUUAAAGAGAUUAUUUU